AUGAGUGGUAGAGGAGCAUCUUCGAAAGCUUAUGAUAUGAUAAUGAAGUUGUUGUUGGUAGGUGAUUCCGGGGUUGGGAAGUCAUGUUUGUUGUUGAGAUUUGUUGAGGACAAAUUUAACCCAUCCUUCAUCACGACCAUUGGUAUUGACUUCAAGAUUAGAACGAUUGAAAGCAAGGGAAAGAAAAUCAAGUUACAAGUAUGGGAUACCGCAGGCCAGGAGAGAUUUAGGACUAUUACCACUGCCUACUAUAGAGGUGCAAUGGGUAUUGUUAUAAUCUACGAUGUCACUGAUUCUAGAAGUUUUGAAAAUGUUGAGAAUUGGUUCCAAACAGUAUCGCAACAUGCGAACGAGGAUGCCCAAAUCUUCUUGGUUGGUAAUAAAUGUGAUGACGAUGUCAGCAGACAGGUGAGUAAAGAGCAAGGUGAAGAGUUGGCAUCUAAGUUGCACGUGCCAUUCUUGGAAGCGUCGGCAAAGAGUAACGAAAACGUGGAUGCGAUUUUCUACGAGUUGGCAGGAAUUAUCCAGGAAAAACAUGUUGAUGAUAAUGCGGGAGCUGCCACUGGUGGUGGUGCAGGUGGCAUUGAUGUUUCACAAGGAAACUCUGGUGUCAAGAACAAUUGUUGUUGA